CUGCCAUAGCGGAGCCCGCCCUUGGAAUCACGUGAGCAGGAGCCGCUCGCUCCGGGCAUGAUGGACUUUUUGACUCUGUUCCUUAUUUAUGUGUUUCUGGUUCUGCUGACCAUUCCCAUUAUCUGUAUGCAAAGGAUGCAAAGCUCUCCUUCAAGAUUUAUCACUCGGAUAACACUGGUGCUUGCGUGCGUAAUCCCAGCCCAAGUCCAAGGAGCUACCCAGAGGCUGCUUUGUGGACUCUUUUGUACCAGAAACUAUUUAUUUGUGGUCUUGCAUUUGAUCUUGGAAGUUAUGGUAUAUGGCGAGUACACCUGGGAAGUGUUUGGCUACUGUAAGGAGCUGGAGUACAGCACUUCCCUUCUCCUGCUGCCCUACCUGCUAUUGACUAUGAAUAUGGUUUUCUUCAUUUUGUGUUCCAAGACAAAUCCUGGUAUCAUAACCAAGUCCAACCAGGUUCUGUUUCUCCAUGCUUAUGCCUACGACGGUGUGAUGUUUGAGAGUGGCAUUGAAUGUUCCACUUGCAAAGUGAGGAAACCAGCUAGAGCCAAACACUGCAGUGUGUGCAGUGGCUGUGUCCAUCGUUUUGAUCAUCACUGUGUUUGGGUCAACAACUGUAUUGGUGCUUUCAACACCAGAUACUUCCUUCUCUACCUUCUCAGUUUGACCUCCAUGGCUGUUUUCAUGGCAAUCUUAACAGCCAGCUUCCUCGUCCAGGUGGUAACUUUGUCAAAUAUGAUGCUGGGAUAUUAUGCUGAUGACCAGGGCCAGGAGCAUCCAGUUGAUUUCUUCUUCCUUAUACAGUACCUUUUCUUGACCUUUCCUAGGAUCGUGUUCAUGCUUGGCUUUGUCAUCAUUCUUUCCAUUAUAUUGGUCUCCUAUUUUUGCUUCAUGCUGUACCUUGCAUUAACCAACCAGACAAGCAAUGAGUGGUUUAAAUCAGGCAGAUACAAAUGUUCGUGUUUGCACCAUUGCAGCAGACACAGGGGUUACAAAAAUAUUUAUUCUAGAGGGAUCUGGGGUAACAUAGCAGAAAUUGUGAGGCCUGUAAUCCAUGCUGAAAAAAAGAUGUGAUGACUUUCUAGCACCACCAGUGGACUAAAUUCUUCCAACAAGUUUUAAUUUAAACACAAAGAACCUAGCUAAAUACAGUUGUGCCAACAAGCACAUAAGUGCAACAGUGAAGUUGGAGUAGAAGCUAUCAUUCCAGGGGAAUGAAUUUCCAGUGUCAUGUCUGCUUAGAUUUUUGGCACUGUACCUGUCUUUAGCCAUCCUUCAGACAAAAGGAGCAAGCAACUUAAGAACUUAAGGGCACAAUCCAGUGUCUUUUGCAGAUGCACACAGGCCUCUGCCCUUAGAGGUGCUCUGUGCAUCCAGUGCAGUGCGGUGAAGAGGCAGCAGCUGUGGUCCUUCACCCAUGCUGGCUGUGAAGGAAGUUGGUUGCUGCUACAAGCCUCUGCCUUCAAGGCAACAUUAGAAAACUGGUCCUUUGCAACAGGCAGUUCAUGAAAUUGUCCUGAAGAUUCCCAAGGGAUUAUACUCUGCAUCUGGCCCAAGAGACAUUAAAAUUAUUUGUGAAUACUUUAGCUAGUUGAUAGCACUCUUUUUAUUACAUCUGAAUUAUGUAAAAAAAUAUGCAUUUAAAACAUUAUGUACAAGCUAAAUUGUACAAUAUACCAUUAAAAGCUACAUGGUUACAAAAGAAA